AUGUGGGGUUUUGGGCUUUUAGCAGCUUCACUUGUGGCAUUGUCACCUUUGGAAGCUAAUGCCACAAGAAUUGAAUACUACGCCACUGUGGGGGAGCCUUUGUGUGAAUUGAACUUUGUUCGUUCUGGGCUUGGCUUCUGUGAUGUUUCAGUGGGUUCUGGUGUGGACGCUCCUCGUGGUGAGCUCAUUAAUGUUCACUACACUGCAAGAUUUGCUGAUGGGACAGUCUUUGACAGCAGCUACAAACGUGGCAGACCUCUGACUAUGCGUAUUGGUGUUGGCAAGGUCAUUAGAGGAUUGGAUCAAGGAAUUUAUGGGGGUGAUGGUGUGCCUCCAAUGCAAGUAGGGGGAAAACGUAAGCUCCACAUUCCUUCACAUUUAGCAUAUGGACCAGAACCUGCAGGAUGCUUCUCAGGUGACUGCAAUAUACCCGGCAAUGCUACUCUUGUCUACGAUAUUAAUUUCGUAGGUAUCUACUCGGGAAAUAGGCCAUUGCCAGCAAAUAGAUAG